AUGAACAAGAUGGGAGCAGAUGGAGGACGAGGGGGCAAGAGAACGAGUAAAACGCGGAGAAAGAGAGAAAGAAAGAGGAAUGGUGGGGUUGGUACGAGCGGCUCAAGCACGUGGAGCCUACUCCGUGUGUCUCGUUCAGUAGUGCUCUCGGUUGCCUUCGAACGAUUUCGCACCGGAUGUCCAUCGAGCCUCAUCGGCGUGUUCAGCUCGGCCUGUCCGCUCAGACAUCGCGAUCGAAACAAUCGAGGAUGUGACCCGUUUCGUCGCGAGGAAACUCUUCACCGCAGACGAACCGAUCGAAGGAUAGCCACAGCGAUGGGUCUGAUACCAAAAAUCCUGUUGACGUGCACGUUGAUCGUUCUCCCGAUUGAGGUUGCCUCCGUCGAGCGCUUCACCAGCGACCAUCAAGGAUACGCGAGUCAUCGGAUGAUCCUGCCUCUCUGGUACCACGAGAAACAGCCGCGUAGACACGAUCGCGACGGCAGGGGCCUUCAGCAGGCUACCACGAAGAGCUGGUCGCGCCAGGACCUCUUCACGGAGAGACCCAGCACGACGUUCGCGCCGCAAUCGGCACCUGGUGCGUCGAGACAUCGCGCGGAGCAACGUUCACGCGAACAACGACCUGGUCCAACGAGACACGAGAAAUUCAGCGCAGUCGCGGUGGCGGAAUACGGCGGUACCAGGGCUGUCGCCUACGCCGGUUAUCACAAUAAUCAUCGCCACCAGCCGAGGGAAACCGUCACUCAGGGCUAUCAGCAUCUCGCGACAACGCCGACGACGUACACCAAGCAUCAUCCCGGGAGACGAGUUUGCACCAGGUCAGUCCCUAGCGCUACUGUUCACCAUCAUCGAAAUGGGCAAAUUAGGUACCUUAAUAUCUUUAACAUUAAGACCGACGCGUCUUCCGGUUUCUUAUGCUGCCCAGGAUGGACGCAAGCGACACAGACGAGUUAUGGCUGCAAUAAACCUAUCUGUCCAGCUCCCUGCCUGAACGGAGGAAUAUGCACUUCCCCCGGCAGGUGCACGUGUCCCAAAGGAUUUACAGGCAGCCAGUGCCAGACAGACGUCGACGAGUGCGUGACAGAGAAGCCCUGCGAUCAGCUAUGCAGAAACCUACCCGGGACCUACGAAUGCCACUGCAGGCCCGGUUUUCAACUUCAGAAAGAUCGUCAGUCGUGCAGAAAAAAUGACACGGACGACACUGCUUUUGAAGCUCGAGAUUUGGAGAAAGAUUUCCACGAGUCGACGACGACGACUACGAGACGUCCGUCAAUUUCUUCGCACGAUACGGAGAACGAGGUGUCCGAUGGUGACCUCGAUCAGGACUACGAGAUUAUUCUGAAAAGGCUCACCAAGCUCGAAAAGCAAUUCGCAAGAGGAAGAAAGAGAGACACGGAGACCACAGAAAUGAGUAACAAGGUUGCAUCGGUUAUGGAAAGUAUCAAUGUGAUGAAGAGGACUGUUGAAAAUGUCCAACACAUGCAACAGGAAAUAUAUGAAAUGCGAGGAAAACUGAGGGAGUAUGAGUUGGAGACGAGGAAAAUGCAGCACUUAACAAAUCGAGUGAUGGAAUUGGAGAAUCGUUUGAGAUUACGUUGCAGAACAGCGAUUCCAAUCAGCAACGGUGCAUUAAAUUUUUAAUACAGUUGUAACGAAGGGAAAGAGUAUCAAAUAUUUUGGGCAUUGCCCGUAGAUGUAAUAUUUAUGUAGGAAAAUUUGUUACAAAAAACGAUCAUACUAUCACUGCCAUUUAUUUAGCUUUCACGACAACGAUGCGUCGGAUUUGUAAUAGAAUUGUAACUUAA